GGCGGCAGCCUCUGGUUCGGCACUCGCAGGGUUGUGCUCUGGCGAAGGGACUGCGGGACGGGCCACGGGCCCGUGGGAAACCAGCUCGGGGAUCUUUGCUGCCAGGAGGAGCGUGCAGCAGCUGCGCGUUGUUUCCAUUCUCACCGGCUUCGGUGUUGGGGAGCUCUGGGAGGCGAGGGGCUAAACGGAGAGCGGAAGGCUGCGGUUUCUUGACUUUAUUCCUGCUCUGAGAGAGCCGGCGUUUGCCAAUUCGUUUGGGGUGAUUACACCUCUGAAGUUCUUUGAUGAAGCCUUUGUGUCUCCGACUGUAACUUUCAGGACCGGCAAUGUACCAAGGCCUAUGUCUUUGUAACUGCGGAGGGGGGUUAGAAGUAUUAAUCUGCUUUCUUGGAAGGUUUGUUUUGUUUUUCCCUGUCCUUGCAGGCUUUUCAGAUGUCUUUUCAGAAGAACUGCAUCUGGAGUACUAUGGCAGCAAACAAUAUAACUGGGAAAUGUAUGCUGUCCAAAAGUUAGCACUACAGUGGAAAAAUAGGCUACUUCAGUUGAAAGCUUUAAAUGCAUCAACAAAAGCAGCUUUGCUCUCUGCUUUCAAGACCACGGGCACUCAAGGAGCACCUGCCUUUGGAAUGGGAGGACAGCAAACCUCAAGCUUUGGGCUGUCAAGCUUUCCCGUGAGCAGCAGCAGCAGUAGCAGUGCCAGCAGUUUCUCCUUUAAAACCAGUUCCAGCCUCAUCAGCUCACCAUCUGGGAGCAACCCUGCUGCUGGGAGAUCUUCUGCUGCUGCAAAUCCUCCUGCAUUUGGGACAGCAUCCUCUCCUAGCGCAGCCCAACCCGUUGGCUUUGGCAGCUCGGCCGCUCCAUCUGCAGCCUCCUUCUCCUUUAAAGCAGCUGCCACAGCUGGUGGCUUUGGGACUUCUGGCUUUUCAGGCUUUGGCAGUGCUUCUGCUGUGAACUCUGCAAGCACCACUCCGCUCCCAGCCUUUGGAGCCUUUGGUGCCACCGUGGCCACUUCUGCCUCGCCUUUGAGCGGUGCUUUAUUUGGACAGAGCGCCAGUGCCUCUGGACAUCCCGUCACCCCAGCCUCUGCUGCAGCCACCAACUCCAGCCCUGCCUCAGAGAAGUUAUUCACACCCAAGAGUGAAUUAUCAGCUGAAGAGUGGCAACAGUUUGAAGCAAAGGAGUUCACAAUUGGAAAGAUUCCUCUUAAGCCACCACCAUUAGAACUUUUAAAUGCUUUUGACCUUUUAAAUUUAUUCUGAAAUGUUGUUAAUUUUUGUUUCCACUGUCAAUUCUCUUCUGCAGAAAUAAAUGUGCAAGUAUAAACUUUUCA